UCAUAUGAGUUACACACUUUUUGUCAAAAUACAGUAGUCAAAAGUUUACAAAUUAUUUAGAUGUUGCAUGCAAUACAACGCAAUUAGAAAAUCAAUUACCAAAAAUUGUAUUAGUCAUACGGCCGGACACACAAUGUGGAUUACAGACAAUAUAUUCCACGAAAAACAAGAUGCACGUUUAUGCGCUCAACAUUGUCUGAAUGCAUCGCUUCAAGGUUCAUAUUUCACCGCCGUUGAUUUGAGUAAAGUAGCCCAAGAUCUGGAUGACGAAGAGCGCAGUCGAAUGUCGGAAAAUGGAAUUGAUUCAAAUGAAUAUCGAGAUUUUAUUAAUCAACCUUCGGGAAACAUGGAUGACACGGGCUAUUUUUCCAUUCAAGUUAUCAGCCGAGCAUUGGCCACAUUUAAUUUGGAUCUAAUACCAUUGAACAGCACAGACGAACGAGCCCAACGUGCCAAAACUGAUCCGACAACAGUUCAAGCAUUCAUUUUCAAUAUGGAAAGUCAUUGGUUUUGUGUUCGUCGAUUUCACACACAUUGGUUCGACCUGAAUUCGUUGCACAAUAAGCCAAAAUAUAUGAGCACGUUAUACCUAACGGAAUUCUGUCGACAAAUGAAGGAAGACGGAUAUUCAAUAUUUAUAGUUAGUGGUAUCUUUCCGGAUUGUGCAGCUGACCAUUCUCCACCGUACUUUGACGAAACAAUUGUCGAACCGCCUACCGUCGAUCUUACUACUACCGGUUCAGACGAGGACUUACAGCGAGCGAUCCAAUUAAGUUUAAGUUGCUCGACUAAUAGUUUAACAGAAUUGGAACGAGCAGUUGAGAUGAGUUUAGAGAGUUUCUCUGGAUCAAGAUCGCCGGGCAACGCACCAGAAACGUCCGUCAGUGAGACUGAUGUGAAUAAAUUGAGAGAAAAACGGUUAGCGUAUUUCGAAAGGAAAUAACAAGAAAUUGGUUCCUACUUAAAUGACGUUUGGUUGUUAUCAUUUAUUAAAAACACGUUUUAAACUAC